AUGAACAAAUCACCCUUACGCGAGUCCGUACAGAGGCUCCGAAGAAGAAAUGCAGGAGACGGAUCCCCUAGGGUCCAUGGGACCCCCCAAGGGGGUCCAGAGUGCCCCACAGGUAGGGGCCCCCGCGUGGCUUUCUUGGAACUUCUACGGCUGCUUAAGGAAGACAAACUCCGAGUUACAGGGGUAAUCCUUGCGUUGCUGCUGAGCAGCGGGACGCAGCUGUUGUUGCCUCUCGCCGUGGGCAAGUUAGUCGAUGCAGCUGCACAGAGCCCCUUAGAGCAGCAGCAGCAUCAAUCUGCGCAGCAGGCGCAGUUGGGGCGGGGUGACUGGCUGCGGGGGCAAGAAGGCCCGACAAGCAGUUCUUGCUGCUCUGCAGAGGCAGAAAAUGUGAUGCCGGCUGUAAAAGGAGCAGCAAGACCAGAAGCAACUACGAUUCCUGGACCGGAAAGAGCAGCAGCAAUAUCAACAGAAGCAGCGGGAGAACACAGCAUCUGGGGGCGUCUAGUAGGAGCAAUAGAAGAAAGAGUGCAGACACCUGGGGCCCGUUUGGAUCGAGCGGGUGGCCUGCCGCCUACGGGGGAGUUUGUUCAGGCGGCUGCUCUACCAGACGUUACCCAACUCUCAGCAGCAGCAGCUGGGGGCCCUGAUGAAGCACUUAUCUCAAGACGUAGUGACGGCGAGCAGAGUACUGGUCGAUAUCUCCUUUGGUCUCCGUUGCCUCCUUACGUCUGUCGUCGCUGGCUGGGUCCUCCCAUCCCCUUGUUCGGGUCUUCUGUAACUUUGUUCUUGUGUCUUGUCCAUCAUGCACCCUCUCAUGCUGUAUCUCCUCAUGGUGUCGUAUGUUUGCUUCUGAUUCCUGCCAUAUGCCGUUUUGCAUCCUUCGCCUGCCCCAUUAUGAUUUCCUCUCUGUUUCGCCUGCUCCGUGUUGCCCCUUUGCCCGCGAGGCAUGUUGCCCGGCUGCAGCAGCAACACAGCAAGGCGCUGCAGGGGGCCCUCCAGCGCGCCACAGGGGCCCUCAGCUCCAGAGGACAGCUCAGGAGUCUCAAUGGCGAGGCUCUUGAAGCUAAGGCCUUCGGGGAUGCACUGGAGGACGUGUUGGCUGCAGCUCAAAGGACUUCUGUUGCUGUUGGCUGUCGCCACGCCUUCGUCUUUGCUGCUGGGUCGGGUCUGCUGAUUCAUCUUGUAAAUGCUGCAGCAUCUCUUGUUGCUCAGGGGGUCCUAACUGGCGGCCAAGUGAUGUCUCUGGCGUUGUACUCUGCCUUCGUCGGCUCAUCGAUCCAGGGCUGCGCUACGGCUUGGAGUGAUGCUUAUCGUGCUGCUGCUGCCGCCGACGAUAUGCUGCGGCAGCUGCUGCGGCCUCUUCCCCCGCUUCUGGCCUCCCCGCUCGACUACCCUAGCGAGCUACGUCGCUUUCAGGCUGCCCUACGGCAGCAGCAUCAAUUGGCAAAGCAGGAGCAGGACCAGGAGGUGGCAUCGACGUUAACAGCUGCAACGGAUCACAGAUGCCCUGCUGUGGAGUUCAGAGACGUGUGGUUUUCGUAUCCUCUGCGGGAAGGGCAGUGGGCACUUCGCGGUCUCAGCUUUAAAGUACCCCCAGGAGCUGUUGUAGCCGUUACGGGCCCUAGUGGAAGUGGGAAGAGCUCACUCGGUGCUCUUUUGCUCCGCCUUUUUGAACCCCAAAGAGGCGGCAUCUUCUUUGAGGGCCUUCCUAUCCAUGCUUAUGAUGAGCGGUUCAUUCGCGCUCUUGUCAUUCCGGUGCUGCAGGACUCUCUGCUGCUGUCGGGGAUGACUUUGGAGGAUCAGAUACGCUAUGGGUAUAUGGCGCAACAGGAGGCAUUAGGCACAACUCCGGAUGUGCAUUCGCCUGUCUCUGCAUCUUGUGACGCUGCAUGCGUUUCAAAAUUUGCUGCCACCCUUCCUGAGGGACUACAGACGCGGCUCUGUGGGAGCGGAGCUGUCUUGUCAGGGGGACAGAAACAGCGCGUGUGCCUCGCAAUGGCUUUCUGCCGACUGGAGCAUUCCCAAAGAGACAGACAGAAAACAAAACUACCCACAGUGCUGUUUAUGGACGAGGCCACAUCCUCUCUGGAUGCGGACACGGAGAGCCAAGUGCUUAAAAACUUAAAAAGAGUGUGUUCUCUUUCCUCCGCAGUUUCCGGGCCUUCUGCAUUCGCACCCUCAUAA